AUGUACUACUUCAUCUAUCGUAGCACCGGUAGUUCAGUUUAUUCGGCAGUUACUGAAAUACUGGAAAAAUCUGGUUAUUGGCAAUGUAAAAAUCCCGACAGCAGCAAAUUCCAUCUUGUAUUUGGCGAAAGAAAUAGACUGUCUUUUGCUCGAUUGGGACAUGAACCUGGCUUUACUCAGGCAGUAAAUUAUUUUAAUGGAAAUGAUUCCAUUUGCAAAAAGUCAUCGCUUGUUUGUACAUUGAAGGACUAUGCUAAAAAGUGUGAGAGAAAUUUCGAUUGGAUACUUCCAGCAUAUGUUGUUAACCCCGAAAAAAUUCGGAAGGAAAUUAAAUUUCAUUCUAAAAGGCUGAAGGAAAAUCUCAAAUCACCUUGGAUGGAGUUUUAUUUAGAGAAGCCAGUACGGGAUUUCCGGGAAGACCUUCGGCGAGCUAGUGCAACUUUAGCCUCUGGAAAUCAACGCAUCUGGAUUGCUAAGCCCAACACUGGUUGUAAAGGUGAAGGCAUUAUGAUUUCUGAUGACAUUGACCAGCUCAUUCAAUUUGUAGACAACAGUAAUCAAUCCCACGUUAUCCAAAAAUAUGUAGAAAAUCCUAUGUUAUUAACUGGAGAGCGGAAGUUCGAUAUUCGGUGUUGGGUAUUAUUGGACCACAAAUACGAUAUAUACCUAUACAGAGAAGGAGUUGUAAGGACUGCAUCGGAUGCAUAUGAUCCUAGCAAUUUAGAUAAAGUUACUAGCCAUUUAACAAAUCAUUGUCUUCAGCAACAGUUAGCCGAUAAGUUUGGAGAAUACGAAGAAGGUAACGAAAUGUUUUACGAGGAGUUUAAUAGAUUUUUAGAAGCGAAAUACAAUCUAAGCCUUGAAAGUGAUAUUUUACCGCAAAUUAGGCGUAUUAUAAAGGAUUGUUUUGCUGCCGGAAAAGAGAAAAUGGAUGCCUCCGGAUUGAGUUACAAAAGCUUUCAAUUAUUUGGUUUUGACUUUAUCAUAGAUGAUAAAGGUCAUGUUUAUUUAUUGGAAAUAAACGGUGCUCCUGCAUGCGCUGAAUGCGCUCGCCAACUUCCGAGUUUUGGUUGUGGCGUCGAAUAUGUCUAG